AUGUCUCUCCCAGUGAAAGGUAUCGUCCGACUUCGUGUGCUGGCAGGUAAAGCAACACCAUCACCGGCUAUUGGUCAAGCACUAGGUCCUCUUGGAGUGAAUAUGAUGGAAUUCUGCAAGGCAUUUAAUGAACGCACGUCCAAAAUCACGGAAAAUAUCCCUGUGCCCGUGGUACUCACAGCCUACACGGACCGUACAUUUGUGUUUGUCACGAAGACGCCACCAUCUUCGUGGUUUCUCAAGAAAGCAGCAGGUAUUACAUCAGGAUCAGCAACUGCUGGACAGCAGGUCGUGGGAAGUGUACAUUUACGUCAGAUCUACGAAAUUGCCAAAGUCAAGCAGCAAGACGAGAUGGUCGAUUACAUUGACCUUCCAUCCAUUUGCAAGACCCUUAUCGGCACGGCCAAGUCAAUGGGACUUGAUGUUUUGCCGUAA